AUGCCCCGUGCUAAGCGAGCUAAGGUCAUCUCCUUGACCAGGACCGACAAGAAGACCAAAGAGGACAAGGCCAACCUCAUCGACAAGGUCCGUGAUGCAGCUCAGGAAUACCCAUACGUCUGGAUGCUCGGUCACCACUCGAUGCGUAACAACUACCUCAAGGAGGUUCGUGAUCUUUGGAAGGGUAGCAAGAUCUUCUUUGGCAAGCUCAAGGUGUUGGCGCUUGCUCUCGGGAUGAGCGAGGAGGAGGAAGUGAGGAGAGGCAUCAGCGGUAUCAGCCAGCGUUUGUCGGGCGACGUCGGUCUUCUUUUCACCGACAGUCCUCCUGCUGAGGUCAUUGAUUGGUUCAAUGACUACCAGCGUGUUGACUUUGCUCGAGGCGGUUCCAAGGCAACAGAGACGAUCGAGCUUCCAGAAGGCCCCGUCAUGGCUCGCUCCAACCCACCAGACACCCUCCCACACCCUGUCGAGCCUCAACUCAGGCAACUCGGCAUGCCGACCGAAUUGAGACGCGGUAUCCCCACAUUGCUAAAGAACUACCUUGUCUGCAAGCAAGGUCAAACACUCACAUCAAAUCAGGCACAAAUCCUUAAGCACAUUCUCGUUCACAUGGCAGCAUUCCGUCUCAUUCCUCUCGCGUAUUGGAGCGCAGCAGACGCAGAAGAAGGCAAAGGCGAGAAGGGUGUUCACCUCAUCGAGCUUUCCGAACGCGACCAGCAGCUUGUUGGAAAGCAAGCUGGCAAGCUUCGUGCACCAAGCGACAACGGUUGGUCUAGGGAUCGCAAGAGCAACGGCGCUACCAACACUAGCAAGGCCAACGAUGAUGAUGACCAAGAGGAGGAGGACGAGAGCAUGGGAGACGAUGACGAGGAGGAUGACGACCAGGAUGCUGAAGAUGCCGUUACAAAAGACAUGAUGAUGCCCGCCGGUCUCUAG